AAAUCUACAGAAACGACCAGACGCGAAGAGGACUCCAGUACCCAGAAUUCCUCACCCCGUUUCCGCAUAUACGGGUUGUCUAAGGGGCUCUUGCACGGGUAAACUUCCUUUCGCUCCGACAUCUUGACGAGGAAACAUGCCUCCCAAACAAGAUAAGAAGAAGGACGCUGGGAAGUCCAAGAAGGACAAGGACCCAGUCAACAAGUCUGGCGGCAAAGCCAAGAAGAAGAAGUGGUCCAAGGGAAAAGUGAGGGACAAGCUCAACAACCUGGUGCUCUUCGACAAGGCCACCUACGAGAAGUUGUAUAAAGAAGUUCCCAACUACAAGCUCAUCACCCCAGCUGUCGUGUCUGAGAGGCUGAAGAUCCGUGGCUCUCUGGCCAGGAAUGCUCUCCAGGAACUGCUUGCCAAAGGCAUGAUCAAACUGGUGUCCAAACACAGAGCACAGCUGAUUUACACACGUAACACCAAGGGAGGAGAUGAGGAGACGGCAGCAGCAGAGAAAGCCGAGAAAGCAGCAGAGAAAGCAUAAUGAGGCUUUCAUGUUUGUUUCCUGAAAGAUGAAUAAAAAUUGUAAAGACAAAA